UAUCGAUCGGCUGCAUAAGGAGUUGCUGUUCGUAUUUUUUCUACGAAGCUUAAGCAUUGUAACUCUUAUAAAUAAUGGCAAAAAGAGGCAGACAGGCACAAUCUAAUCAACUUUCAUGGGAUGGUGAUCAAGAAGCAGGAUUUCCCGGUGACCAGAAGGUAGAAACUGGACUACAGUCAGAUUUCCUUUACGACGUAGAUGUAAAGAAUGUUAAAUUAGCAGCAUACCGAUUGUAUAAUUCGAGCAAGCAGCUUGAAAAGCUUCAAUCAGAUAUAGUGCGAAAGCAGAACAAGCUAAAUAGGGAUAAGACCUACAAAAGCAAGCGACUCGAGAAGCAUCAAGGAAAUUAUAAAGACGAAUUGAAGGAAGCGGAAGACAGAGUUAUUGAAAUUUCAAAAUUAUUACACCGUGUUCCAAAGGAGGUCAAAAUACUUGACAGACACCAGUCAGUAAGGCUAGAGAAGAGGUUCGGCCGUGACAAUGAACAUUCUACUACAGAUCGUUCGUGGGAGGAUAAAGGGUGGAGACAAAAAUUACAGAAGGCUAAAGAAGAUAGUGAUAACAACUUGGCAAAGUCCAACAGUUUGCAAGAUCAAAUAAAUGGCUUGAUUCGAGAGAACGAUGAAUUAAAGAAAGACAAAGCAAAGUUUCAAAAGGCAUUGGCGGAACGUGAACAACAAAUAAAAGAUUUGCAAAGCGAAACUGCACGUCUUUUGCGAAACUAUAAUCAAGAAAGAGCAGAAAAAGAUGACGCACUGACCAGAUUAAGUGCUGUCGCAUCGAGUAAAAUUCGCGACAAUAACCCCAACAUCGCUGACCUGAGUGACGUGAACAGGCCUACUAAGAUUGCUGAGAAGAUGAGCGAGUUGUAUGACAACGAGUGGACUGAUGCGUUUGACAGUUUGGAAAAAAGACAUCCUGACGAUAAUAUUGUACAGAAACUUGUUAACAUAUUAAAGGUGGCAACUUUCCAUGAAAAUAGGCUUUAUCAGUUGCAACUCGCCGCGACCCGGAGGUUCAAUAGCUGGGAGUUGAAUAUCAAUGAACGAUGCCGUGGGAUGGCCUGGCAGGAUUUCUUUCAACACGUUCAAACUUCAAUCGAAUUACCAGUUGAGGUUUUACAGGAAUUCAAACCAUCUACACGUCCAGACCAUGAAAUUGUCCUCACAAAAGAAAUGCAGCAGCAGAUAAAAGAAUUUCGAAAACUCAGAGCCCCUACUAUUCUGCCUAUUAUACAAAAAGCACUGGUAUCCAAAGAUGUCGUUUCUGAUGAGCUGACUGCCUACUACAACAAGUGUGUGGAUGUGUGCUGGUUGGCUGCGGUCCAAGAUCCGCCUCUGUUCAUGAACUUCAUUCCGGGUGAGAAGUUUGACACAACCCUGUUCAAAGACUACACCACCAGAGGCCCGUAUGUGGAGUUUUUGGUAUGGCCUGCCCUCCACCUGCACGAGAAUGGCCCACUUUUGAGCAAAGGCGUGGCACAAGGAACUCGUGAUAAAAUUCAACGUUCCGUAUCGCAAAAGCGAGGUUCGACCAGACAACAGUCAGAGCCAAAAGAUACAACGCAUACAGCGUUGUAGUUACUAUUCUUGGAUUAUGAUAAAUUUACAAUAUUACAGUUUGAUGUUUUGUAUUAUAUUCAAUCAGAUUUAGCGAUGAGUUUUGUUUUUAAAGCCACACACCUUAUUUGCCUAUCUGGCAUAGUAAAUUUAAGUAUAAAUAACAAAACAUUUUAUGUAUGCCAAUUAAAAUAUAUCUGGUGGUUUCAAGAUAGAAAUCCGUCUUUUUUAUCCCCGCCGAAAAAUAUUUCGGAGGGGAUAUAGUAAUUGGUCCCGUCCGUCCGUCCGUCUGUGCGUCCGUCCGAAACUUUGUCCAGAGCAUAACUCCAAAUCUAUUCAAUGGAUUUACUUUAAACUUAGAAUAUAGACAGAUGGCAACUAGGAGAAGUGCAGUGACCAAGAACCAUAACUCUAUCUACCUAGUUUUUUUUAAAUUAUCUCCCCUUUUAUAUAAUUUCAAAGUAAAUAUUUGUCCGGAGCAUAACUCUAAAUCUACUGAAGGGAUUUUCUUGAAACUUGAAAUAUAAACAGAUGGCAACAAGGAGAAGUGCAGUGACCAAGAACCAUAACUCUAUCUACCUUAGUUUUUGAAUUAUCUCCCUUUUUAUAUAAUUUCAAAGUAAAUUUUGUCCGGAGCAUAACUCUAAAUCUACCGAAGGAGUUUACUUGAAACUUUAAAUAUAAACAGAUGGCAAGUAUGAGAAGUGCAGUGAAUAAAAACCAUAACUCUGUCUACCCUAGUUUUUGUAUUACCUCCCUUUAUUUAAUUUCAAAGUAAAUUUUUGUCCGGACCAUAACUCUAAAUCUACUCAAGGGAUAUACUUGAAACUUAUAAUAUAAACAGACUGCAAGUAGGAGAAGUGCAGUGACUAAGAACGAUGACUCUAUCUAACUUAGUUUUUUUAAUUAUCUCCCUUUAUUUAAUUUCAAAGUAAAUUUUUGUCCGGAGCAUAACUCUAAAUCUACUGAAGGGAUUUACUUGAAACUUGAAAUAUAAACAGAUGGCAAGUAGGAAAAGUGCAUUGAACAUGAACCAUAACUCUUUCGGCCGUAUUUUUUAAUUAUCUCCCUUUUAUUUAUCGAUUAUUUAUUUAUUUUUAAUUUUUAUUUAUUUUUAAUUUUAAAUUAUAUUUAAUUUGAUUUCAUAGUAAAAAAAAAAGCUUUUGAAUUGUUAAUACCUCCCUUUAUUUAAUUUUACAAUCAUAUUUUUAUUUGAACACUGAAGAAUUCACUGUAAAAUUAAUAGAUGAGUUUAAGGAAAAGUACAGUGAUCAAGAACAGUAAUUGUUUAUAGUCUUCUUUUUUAAUUACCUCCCUUUCUUUCAUUUCCUUAUAUUUUAUUCUCUACAGCAUAAGUCCAACACUAUAUAACUAAUUGUUCCUACAUAAAUUGAUGACACUAGCUGCCAUGUUUUACAAAUAUUAUUCUACUCUCUAAAACAAAUGUUGUCAUACAAGCAAACACAUUUCGGCGGGGAUUUGGCACUACUGUGACAAGCUCUUGUUGCGCUUUAAAACUUAAAAAUAAUCGCGUUUGUCGAAAUGGACGUAUACGGCUAGAAAUCCAACUUUCGGUUUUAAAAGCGGUAUCGUUUGAAAAAUAAUAAAUUACUUGCUAACUAGACUAUAGAUAUAAUUCUGUCUAUGCCAAUUAGAAUAUAUCUGGUGAUAACAAGGUAGAAAUCCGUCUUUUUGCGCUUUAAAACUUUAAUAAAAUCGCGUUUAUCGAAAUGAAUGGACGUUUACGUCUGGAAAUCCUACUUUCGGUUUUAAAAGCGGUACCGUUUGAAAAAAUAAUAAAUUACUUGCUAACUAGGCCAUAGAUUUAAUGACAAGUUUGAACACUUUCAAAUUGCAUCUUUAUGUAUUUAUUAACAUGUAUUUCAUGUCAAAGUCAGAGGCAAGGCGUGUGGCUUUAAGUAUUCUAUGUAUAAUGUAAACAGAAGUAUUCGUGAUUUUGUACUAACACAAAAAAUAACAAUUUAAAAAAGGUUCAUGUAGUUAACCGCAUAAUUGGAAAACAAAACGAACUUAAUGGCAUAGUGAUUUAGUGAUAAUCCGAAAAAUGCACAACUUCAGGCAUGUAAAGUUAUCAUUAUCGACAGAAUACGAGUAUGUGAAUAGCACAACAGUUUUAAAGUGUGACAUAGUUAACAACCAGAACACAUUAAAUUGUGCCAGAAGAUUGAAACGGAUACCAUCUUUAAUAAAACUGAACAAAUGUCUUGUCUUUGUACCUUUAUUCGCAUACAUGUCUUUUAUCUUCAUACUAUAUAAACUGCGAGCGCCAAUUAUGCGUUCACUUCGUUUUCUGUUGUCAAAUUACUAGGAACAAGGUUUGUGUUCUGGUCAUCUAUUAUAUUAAGUUUGUUCCAGCCAUCUAUUUUAUUUAGUUUGAUAAUCGAUUACCAGUGUUUAAUGGUUCAUAAAACGUUGUUUGUUAUUGCGUUGUGAAUGUUGUUGUUUCCGUAUAUUUUGUGUUUUAUGUAUUUAUUUAUUCUGUUAUAUAUUAUAUAUUCUGUUGUGACCUGAUGAAAAUUUGCAUCAAAUUUACUUACCAUGAGAUGCGUUUAUUUGUAAAAAACACUUUUUGUUUUGGCCUUUAUGUUCUGUACUUAUUUCUGGCUGUCAGAUAUUUUGUAAUGUCUGUUAUUUUGGCAUUUUUAAGUAAUAUUGACAUAAUACUUAACAACUAAGUGAUACAAUUUAGUUUCGUGUGAUAUUGCAAAUUAGAACAAUGUCGUAUUUUGUACUAUUUAAUUUUGAAAACAUAUCAUAUGUUCAUAUGUUUAUCAUUAUUUAAUAUUUGUAUGUACUUGUACCAAGAGUACACUAUUAUUUUAAUGAAUGUGCGCAUUUUGAUCAUGUUAACGAUUUAAAAUCAUUAUAUAAAUUGCUCUGAAUUCCCGUUUAAAUACAGUCAGCAAAAGUGUUUGUCAAAGGGUCAAAGGUUGUAAAUUACCGAUUGUGUAUCAGUUUAUUAAGUGCAAUGUAUAUCCUAGUCCUAGUGCAUCAGUUAGCAAUUUUAUGAAUACAACAUAAAAUUAAUUUGGAUAACGGAACAAACUCAUUUAUAGUAAGAUAAACGAUUAACAAAUUAUGUCAAAAAAAGAACAGAAAACCACAAAUUGUUUUAAAAUAAAGAUGGACAUGCUCCUCCAUUAAUAAUAAUACACGUCUUUAAAAUAUGGAUCAUUGUGUGUAUCUUUAUUAUUUUGUUCACGAAAACAAUCUAACUUAAUAAACAUGAUAUUUAGUAUUUAUUUUUAAAUAUGUCUUCGUAAAUAUACUGUCCAGUUUUAAAUCGAACCAUGAAAAAGCAAAUCAACUCGAUCGAUAUUCAAUUUGCAAAAUUCCGAUGGCAAAAAUGGAAGUUACUACAUUCGGAUGCAUCAUGUGUUAAAAGUUAAAAUAACACAUGCAAAACUUGUAAUUAGAAUGCAAUAUGUUUACAAUAACUUUGUAUUUUCUGGUCGGGUAUUCGGCAGAAUAAAAUUGUUCUAAUAAAUUUCUUACAACGUCUUAGUGGGUGCUUGCAUUGUUAAUGAAAUUCAAUUAAAAAAAUAUCAUUUCUCCAAAAUGUGUUUCACACUUAUAAAAGUAUGUUUUUAGUUUUGGAAAAAUAUUUCAUAUACAUUCCGAAUUCGCUUAAACAGUUCUACAGUCUUGAUUUUUAACAAACUUUGUAUCAAUAGAGCAGAGAGUAAUCGUAAAAGUAUUUCCGAGACAGACUGGUGGUUGUAAAAACUUAAAUGCUAUUAAAAAACACAACAGAAUGUACCAUGCACAUAGGUCUGAAAAUGAACUUUGUCUGAUGAGAAUGGGUGAGGAUAUCGAUGGCAUUUUAUCUUGACAAUUUUGCACAUAAGCGUAAAUUUUGUUUCACUUUUAUAUUUGUAUAUUGUUUACAAACCUGUAUAGGUCUGGCUUUUGCCAUGUAAACAGAGUCAUCACAACAGUUGGUUUAGCAACUGAUAAAUUUCCUAGGUAAUAUAGCAGAUUAUGAUUGCAUCAUUAAUAAGUACAAAUACUGCAAGCAACUGACCUGGUCAUAUAGCAAACUACAUCAGAGCGUCUAAUGGCUGGAAUCCACGAGCCCGAGAAACCUAACUUUAGGUUAGAACUUAAAUCACAGACAAUGUUCCUCUUAAUUUUUAAACGCCCGUUUAAAAAAAACGGGACGUAUUAUAGUUUCACUUUGGCGGCGGGCGGGCGGGCGGCGUCCACAGCAGUUUCCGCUCUCUAAUUCAAAUAGUUUUCAUCACCAAACUUGGUCAGAAGUUUUAUCUAGACAAUAUCUAGGUCGAGUUCGAAUAUGGGUUAUGCCGGGUCAAAAACUAGGUAACAGGGUCACUUAGUGCAUUUCAAGCAUUUAGCAUGGUGUCCGCUCUCUAAUUGAAGUAGUUUUUAUCCGAUCUUCACCAAACUUGGUCAGAAGUUGUAUCUGGACUAUAUCUAGGUCAAGUUCGAAUAUGGGUCAUGCCGUGUCAAAAACUAGGUCACGAGGUCACUUAGUGCAUUUCAAGCAUUUAGCAUGGUGUCCGCUCUCUAAUUGAAGAAGUUUUCAUCUGAUCUUCACCAAAUUUGGUCAGAAGUUGUGUCUAGAUGAUAUGUAGGUCAAGUUCAAAUAUGGGUCAUGGUAAAGUUAUCAAGUUGUCCGAAACCUUCAAACGGGCGUAUCUUGUGACAGUUUGGCACUCUUGUUAAGAAUAAAUCCUUUAAAACGUCUAAACUCGGUGCACAAAUUUCACGUUGUGUGCUGUAUAACCGUGUUGAUGAAUUCUAUACACAUAGACAUUUUGGCCAAGAACACAGGCUUAUUACAUUAGGUAAUUCUAAUAUAUUUCACAACGCCAUAAGCGGCAUGAAAACGGUCUUUUAUGAGCUAAUUCAUAAGAAAAGUUAUUGGAAAAAAAGCUACGGUGUGUUUACAUCCAUGAAAGUUCAAUUGUGAAUUCCACAUAGCCACGUGAUCAUGGACUCUGUUGUGGUACUCAUUCACAAAUAAACCUAGAUGAUAUGACGUUCGGAACUCUUGGUUAAGCGCAGUUAACCCGUUGGAUAGUUCUUAACCUUGUAUAUGUUCAUCGGUCAGAAAUAUUAGAUCUUUAAUAGACAAAUAAUUAAGAGAUACAUAAUUUAGUAAGAAUAAUUAAGAAAUAUAAUGAAAUAUAUAUGUUUGUCUAGAUGUAAAUAUAUGUUCAUGUAGAUGUUGCUAAAGACCUAUUAAUUUAAUUACUCAAACAUAAUGUAAGACAUUAACUUGAAACGUAGUACACCGAUUGGGCUAUAUGUUGCCAUUUGUAUUUCUGUUAAUAUCUGCCUAUAUUAUUGUCCGCCUGUCUUUCUCUAAAAACUAUGUGAAAAACUUAUAAGUAGUAAAUGUGCUAACGAAACAAAUAUAGAUGGCUUAAAUACAUAUUAUAAGCAAUAAAUAAUAAACAUCCAUAAACUUUGCUCUAAAAAACUUCUAGUGUUUCCCAUUAUCGGCCUUGACAAUUUGAAAAAUACAGUUUUUAAACGAGAUUUUCGGAGGAAGGGUAAACAAUUUUAACUAUCACUCACACGGUGGUGUUUUGUUCAUGUAUCACGACUUUGCAUUUUACUUUUGUACACGGCGACUUUAUCAAAUGAGAGUUAGUUGCUGCUUGUGUGAGAGAAGAAACACGCCCAAGAAGAACAUGUGUUCCAUUUAAUAUUAUUAAUUUAAAUCAUUUAACGAGUCCAAUAAUGCGUUUUUACAUAUAUUUUACAUAUAUUUUACGCAUUGCACAAUCCACUUGUGAAUUUGUUUAUGAACAAAUAAUGUAGCAUGUAAUCAGCAGUUCUAUUGUUUAAUUUUGUAUUCAUCCAAUAUAGAAUUAACUGUUCAGAGAGAGUCCACAAGUAUAUUUGUUUAUAAAGCAAAGUUUAGUUUAUAGACUGAAAUUUGAUAAAUAGUAGUGUAUGAUUUAGUCACAGCGUAUUGUCAUAAAUUACUAACCACUACGAGACAAUGCUACGUGACCAGUAACUAAAUAAGAACAGAACAGAAAAGAGCAGACUAGUUUAUUUCGAUUGAAGUAUAUAUACAGAUCAUCGUCAUAAACAUACAUGUGCAAUAAUAGCUUUUCAGCAAAAUCCAAAACAUACAUCGUUACGAAAGAUCAAUUUAGAACUUACCGGUUCAAUACAAUAUUUUUAAACAAAGUGUUGAUCAAUUCUUCUAACUCUACAAUUAACUUACCGGUGUAUUCAUCUUACAUAUGUCAUCUCAUUUCAUAUAUAAUAUUACUAACCCAAAUCAAAGCAUUUGAAUGUAUUGCUUUAAAGCGACAUUUUUAAGCUUAGUUAUAUUUGUUCUAAAAUAUAGUAUGUUGAUGAGCAGAAUCUAGAACAAAUUGUUCCAGAGAAUAAAAAAUAUAUAUCAUUAUAUGCAAGCAGCUUUUUUUCUGUUGUAAAGUCGAAAACUCAUUCACGUACAAAAAAAUGACAGGUACACAAUUGAAUUAACCUUACGUUACACGUCAUUUUAUUUUUAUUCAUUGGUUUAAGAUAAAUCAAAUGUAACCUUGACCUCAACAUGUUAUAAUCGUUUUAAUGUUUUAAUGAAUUACUUCGCAAAAAAAUUAAGAAAAACACACAUUCGCAUAGUUUAAAAACUUAUUUCCAAGAUUCGGUGUCAUGCUAAAGCUUCUGUGUCGAGAAAAAAAGUAUGUUCGAGUCUUAGACUUGACAUUUAUGUACACUAAUUACUUAUGCGAUACUAGUUUUUGUUUGCAUGUGUGUACAAGGUUAGUGUACAAUUGUAUGUAAUAUUUUUGUCAGCAGAUUAAGUGUUUACAAAUAUCAAGUAUCUGUUAUUUAUUCAUAUUUCAUUUCAUUUCUUUUUAUGCAUUUUAUAGAUGUGAAAUGUUGAUGUGAUGAAGUAGCAAGGUUGUUAAAACCAUUGUUGGGUGUGCUUUGUUGUACGUGAUAUAAAUUAAUAUGCAUCUUA